AUGGCAAUAAGUCUCAACAUCACCGUCGUGACGAUUUUCCUCCUCGUGGCCGCCUCAUGCCAAAGCGCAGCAGCAACGUUGAUGCCUCCUCUCAGCGAGCCCUGCAUGGUCACAGACUUUCCAGCAUUAUGCAGAGGCACCAUCAAAGGUCAAACGAAUGUGAACGCAGCGACGGAUGUGGCGAUAAGAGAGCUAAUGAAACGGACGAGACAUGCCAGAGAUAUCGCCAAGAAAGAGGUGAAAGUAUUGGACGGAGGAGUCGCGACUUGUUUGUCCAACUUCAAUAGUGCGUUUGACAAUUUGGACAAGGCUCUUAAGAACGUUAAGGAAAAUGAUGGGUUUAGCCUCAACAUUAACCUUAGCGCUGCGUUAACGGAUUAUGAUACUUGCAGUGAGGCUAUGAAGGGAAGUAAGGAGAUUAACGUCGUUUAUAAAUCAGCUGGUGUUUUGUAUAAAAUGGCUGAUAAUUGCUUGGCGCUUGCUACCCUUGUUAAGCUUUGA